AUGGAAUCACUGUCACGCAGCGUCGCCCUGGAGGAAACUAGCGCAUCUUCACCUCCUUCAGCUCCUUGGCUUGCCGAAUGCACGUUUAGUGACGCUGCUGUCACGUAUGAGGCCUCCCCUCCCUCGUCGGAUACUGGCAAACGCAAUGAAAGACAUCAAACAAGUUCCCCUGCUAGGAGCGCCUGCCUACAGGGCAUAACUUGCGAUAAUCAUGGAGCUCAGAUGAAGCCAAAUAUAUUUGGUUCUGCUUGCGGUGAACCCACGGAGCCUGCCUCGGAAGUGGUGGGCCACGAUGCAGCGCUUCCAGCAGUCGGCCCACAGGGAGGAAGCCCGGGGAUUGAAGUGUCAACUGAAUACGUGAUGGCGCUGCAGGAUGCGGGUCAAUUUAAUAUGUGGGAGCCGGUACUCCGUAAAGUGCUUCCAUCUCGGGAGCAUUCCCUCUUGCUGGGUCAGAUCUGCUUCGACGUGACAGAUGGGGACCAGCGAGGCUCUUGGUUGCUACCGGAAGAGCUGCUGGCUGAGGGGAUCGCGUCGGUUGGUGAGGAUCACGAGGACAGACAAAUCUUCACUAACACGCCGGUCAGUGAGGAAGAACAAGAGGCCAUAGAACAGGUCCUCUUGCAGCUUCUGGAGUCACAGAAAGCGGAUGUCGAGGAGAACACAGCAAGUCGAGACCCCAGCAUGAUUCUGGGGGUACAACCAGUCUGGUUGGAACAACUCGUGCUGCGGUACCUGUACAGCUGCUCUUUUGAUACUCAAAAAACCUUCGACCUUUUACAAUCAACACUGUCUUUCCGGAGACAGCAGCUUCCCGUGCUUGAGUCUGAAGUGUACUAUGAGCUGCGGAGCUUGGGCGCAUGUUAUUGGCAUGGAAGGGACAGGAAGUUGCGACCGCUUCUUGUAGUCUCACUGCAAAGAUUGCAACAGCUGCAGAGGGACGGUGGAAUGGAAGAGAAGGUUACUCGCCUUAUCAUCUUUUGCCUGGAAUUCUUCCUAAGGUACUUGUGCGUCGCAGGAAGGGUCGAAAGUUGGUGCAUCCUGUGUGACCUGAGUGGUAUAUCCAUUUCUAGUUUUCCAUUGCCGCUGCUUUUUAAGUUGAUGCAACUAAUACAAGGAUCGUAUAGAGGCCGCCUCUAUCGUUUUUACAUUCUUCACGCACCAAGGCUGUUUCACUUUGUGGCUAAACCACUGGUGGCUUCUUUGCCGUCAACUACAGCAAAGAAACUCCGAGUGUUCACAAGCUUCGAUGAGUGGCAGCAGGAGCGGCGAGCACAAUUUACUUCUCAUCAAAUUGAGGAGAAGUUCGGGGGGACAGCUCCGGAUGUAACCGAGAAUUGGUAUCCUUUCCGCUUUUACCCGGGGCCGUUUGAUCCGGAAGUGGAGAGUAGCCCAAGCGCUGUUGAAAGAGGAGUUGUUCGUUGGGACAGCGAGCCGGCGUUGCACACCAGGGUCCACCCCGUCGUACACUGUGGAGUAUCUCUCCACACGUCUAUUUUGCGAUCCCACAGCCCAGACCGAAGUAGCUCACUUUUCCGAUAUGCAGCGUGGCUCCGUCAUCUUCCUGAACUGCAGUUAGCUUCAACAACAGUUGUAUGGGCAAAGCGUAUGGUUUGCCAUCACCUGGUGGCGCAUCAUAAGUGUUUAAUUCGCCAUCUGAAAGGGAACUUGUUGGAAACAGCAGUGGAUCUAGAUGGGCGAGUCUGCAAGGAGUCAGCUACCGAAGAACCCGGGACUUUGCCUGCGGUUUCAGAUACAAAGACAUGUCCGCUCACAGUGAGUACCAGCUCACAGAGCUCAACUGAGCAGCUGCCACCUUCUGCGAUGAGAAAGACAUCUGGAAAAAUACCUAGAGCAUGUACUGGGCAGAGUUACCCUUCGCAGAGACUUCUAGGUUGUGAGAUAUCUUCGACGACCUCUUCGGCACCUGAUUGUCUGCUUGCACUGCCGCCAGAGAGUAUAGCAGCGCACUGCAGUGAGUCACAUAACUCUGUAAUGGAGGAUUCACUCGCGCGCUACACAGAAGUAUUACCAGCCGGCAGCUUCAAAGUUAUGGAAUCUGCAGCGAGCCAGGCAAGAACCAUGUUCGCUUCCGCCAGCUCAAAGGCAUGCAUAACAGUGAUACGACUUCACAAGGCACGCUUUUGUCUCAUUACUGAAUCUCUUUCAGCGGCAGCGCUUGUUGCUGGGUCGUUUAGCGUCUCUUCUCGGCGGCACGCCCCUUUAGAGGAGCAGCUUUAUUCGGUGCGGCAGUAUUCUUCGCAUGCCCGCUCGGUAUCGAUGCACACUACUACUGCUACUUCCGAGAACGCUGCGAAGCCUCGCGAGGAGGCGCAAAUGGCUCGUGAAACCAGUGCGAUCUCUCGAGUGGUGGACUUGAAGUUGCAGGCGCUGUCUAACGGGAUCAUAUUUUUGAAUGAGAAGUGUAUGACACUGCCAGAAGAAGGGCAGGCGGCGAAAGGCUUGAGCUCGCUGGAGGUUACGCGCUUAUAUAAAGCGGAGGGGAAAAACGAGGAAAGUCUGGGGGCUGCCUUGUUUGAGUUGAACAAAUUUUAUGGAAGCUCGCACGAGCCCAGCGCGGUGGCUCUAGGAUGUCAAUCCUCCGUGCAGCUAUCAUCAGAUGCUGAGAAGGAGGGUAUAGGCUUUCGACAUGCGGAUAAUUCAGUGGAGAAAACGCAUCACGGAGACAGGUUACUCUCAUCGGGGCAUCUCAGCGAAGGCAGCAGCUUCCUUAGUGCGGCGGGGAAGUGCGGUAGGACCAUCGCGCGGACAUGCUUGACAAUGCGAGGAAGCAGGCGAAACAUGCCUGAUGUUUCGUUAGGAGGAUCCAGGGCACCAAAUUUGCGCGGAAGCAGCAAUGCAGGAACAUUGGAAACGCCAUCACGCUUCUACUUGGAGAAAACAGUCCGGCCUGCCUUACCACCUGAUGGACGAGUGUACGGAGGAAUCCAGCGGAAAGCAACAGUACCAGGAGUGAUGGGGCGCCAGUGUGUUAGAAGCCCGCGACUACAAUCGAGGAAGCCAAGAACUGCGACGCAGAUGCUAGUGCCUCAAACUCGCGGCAAAAUUGAGUUCCAUGCCCAUAAAGCGACAGGCGCCCAUUUCCUUGGGGACCAAUCCACUACUUCAUCACAUUCUGAGGAACUAAGCACGUCAGCAACUCGGCAUCAUGAUGGCGUUUUAUGUUCAGUACCAUCGUAUCGAAGCAGAGGUGUAUCCUUGCAUUCAAGGCAUCGAGAAAGGAUGGCUCAAAAUGCAGACGCAGAAGGCCGGCGCGUCGCACCAAUUGACAGAAAGGCAGCAUAUCUUAACACUUUGCAGCCGGCUACCAAGACAAAACGUUGGGAAGCAAGUAGAGAAAGCUGCCAAUCACAGGAGGCUAUACUGUGCAGCGUUGACCGAAGCUCCAAGCCGGUUGAGGUUCGAAUUGAAGCGAACCAGCCAGACUCCGGGGUGCUGGGAAAAAGCGGGAUAAAAUCUGGCGUCAGCCUACGGCCGAGGCGGGUAAUUGGGAGGCUGCUGCCGCUGUUUCUUUUAGCAUUGGCAGCGUUUCCUUCGUCAAUGUGUGCAGAGCCACUUUUAGUUUUGGCGGCGCUGACACAUAGUGGUGAGAACUUGAGCAGCCAAGCAGGGCACUUCAUUCGAAGGUGCGUGCUGAACAGGGGAACUUCGGCGGUGAAUUCGCAAGGCCUCACACAACGGUUUGAACCCCUGCAGUGUCACGUCGCGUGGUUGGAGUCAACGCGUUACCCUUUCUCGCCACCUGCCGCCUUCAACUAUGUCGUGGGUAGGCAUCGGCAGGUAAAUUCUUCCAGCUAUUAUGUGGGCCCGGGCGUACCUAGACCGUCCCGCUAUGAACGCUUAAUUCUCGGUGGUCAUUCGAACCCUGUCUGGUGGACUGCUCCACAAGGCCUUUCAAUGCGUCGCGCUGUUCGUGUUGCCGCGGUGAAGCCGAAGUCUAGGGGUUCAAUCGAUAAGCGUUUUAAAGUUACAGCAACUGGGAAGCUACUUUACAAGAGGCCAGGGCUGCAACACCACGCGCACACGAAGUCUUCAGCAAGACGCGCAAGGCUUCGCCGUGUGGCGUCGCUAAAGGCAAGCCACAUUUCGAGGCUUCUUGGGCCUCUUAGCGUGUGA